AAAUUCAGAAGAGCGGUUUUUGAGAAUUUUGGUUAAGGGAAGAGGAGCAUGUGAGAGCAUUUGAUUCUAAACAGUCAAACUUGAAAACAAAACUCCUUCGCCGGCAACAAUGGCGAAACUCGCACUUUUCUUCUUUCUUUCCUCUCUCAUCUUCUCUUCCUCCCUUUCUUUCCAAUCAGACGAGCUCCUCGUCGACGACGAUGAGUUUGGUCUCGAAGGAGCAAAACCCCAAUCUACCGAGCUAUACACUUCUUCUUCUCCCUCGUCUUCUUCUCCGCAACACCAACAGACUCCGACUAUCCGGAAAAGGUAUUCGGAUCCAGAUUUGGAUUCCAAAGUCCAAUUCACUCUCGAACAUGCCUUCGGAGACUCUGAUUUCUCCAUCGCCGGCACUUUCUCAGCUCGUCUCAAGACAUGGAGCCAUGGCGGAAAGACAUUAACAAAGCUAAGGUUCUCAAGGAAUGGUUUCUCUGCUGAAGAGAAAGAUACAUUCAAAAAUCUGCUGAAAGGAGAUGACUUUUAUAGGAUUAGAGUUCCAUCUAAUGUGAUCAGUCCACCAGGGAAAAAGUUUGUGGUUGCAUCAGUGAGAGCUAGAUGUCUACCACGGGAUGGCUUGGAUGAGCAUUUCGUUAUACACAUGGAAGGUGCCAACAUCUUGGCAGUUAGUUAUGGUUCUCUUGGGGCGUGUCAAUAUCCUCGACAGUUCAAACUUCCAGCAAAAUGGUCUUUCAACUCCCACACAAUUCUGAAGAGUAGUGAGCAAGCACCAAGAACCCCAAUAUUCACUGAGGAGAUUCUAGGAAGCGAGAAUGCCGAGGGCGAAGUUGAACCACCACCAGAGAAAUCAUUUUGGGCGAAAUAUUGGAUGUACUUGAUACCAUUGGGACUCGUAGUGAUGAACGCCGUGACACAAGCAACAAAUAUGGCUGACGAACAAACGGGUGGACUAGCAGGAGGCACACAAGUGCAGCAAGCAGCCAGGAGAAGAUGAUUCCACUUUCACUUCACGCAACGCAAUCAAAGCUGAAUGCAACUAGUAAGAGAUGAAGAUUCAACAGAUCUAUGUGUUAUAGCAGUGUCUUCAUGUAAACCAUAUAUUCAUCAUAUAGUUUUAUGUAACCUUUAGAUUUAACUCUCCAUCUUUUUGUUUGUCCGCAACAAAUGGGAAAUCAAAAAUAUCUGAACUUGAUAUCUUAA